AUGGCAGAUGCCAUCUAUAAUCCACCUUCGAAAGCUCCUACGGCCGAAAGAACCCGCCAGCCAAAGAACAGGCCGGCCGACCUCCCGCAAGGACAACAGAAAAUCCGCCGCCGCAAUAGGACUAUCGCAUCAUGCCUAAGUUGUCGCCAGCGCAAAUUAAAAUGCGACAAACAAGUGCCGUGUGGUAAUUGCCAGCGGUUCCAGAGGGAUUGUCUGUACAUUGCUCCCGCUCUGGAUACUGCUGCGCAGCAGAAGUUGGCCGAGAUAAAAGACCGCCUUGGUGAUCUUGAGGAGACUCUUGAGCGAGAUGUCGCUCGUCGCGCGGCUGCCACAUCUGGAUCCGAUCGCUCUUCCGUUAUUCCAAAGAUUGAAGCUGAAGACGAUGAUUAUGAAGGUCUGUCGGCAGACGAUGAUCAGGAUCCUGAGCCUUCUCCUUUGGGCAUGUUUGACCAAGUGUACGACAAUGAUGCCGAUGAUGGACUGAUGGAUCUUGGUAUUCAACUGGGCAAGCUGCGAAUGUCAGAUCGUGUUGGUGGCUUAGUGCGACCCAAGAUGUCCGACGAGCUAAAUGCUAAGCUGCGCAGCGCGAACCACAAGAGCCAGAACCUUUACUGUCAGCGUCAUGGCUAUAGUGACCCGACUGUGCCAUGGCAGCCAGGGGCAUUAUCGCAAGAUGAUUUCCUCAGCCCUGGACCGGAUUUCAUCGUUCCCUCAUCGAAUUUGUUCUUCCCGGAUCCUAUAACGACUUAUUUCCUUCCACCACGACAUGUUGCUGAUCGUCUUAUUACACAGUACCUCAACGCUGUCCACCCAGUUGCUCGUCUUAUCCAUCAGCCUUCAUUUGAGAGGCAGUACACAACCUUCUGGGGCAAUAUUGGCAAUGGCACCAUUACACCAGCGCCCAUCCAGGCCAUCCUCUUCGCCGCAAUGUUUUCGGCGGCUGUGAGCUUACCAGACGACUCAGCUGCAUCCUUUUCCGAGAUGCCUAAGCAUUCACUUGUAGACAGACUUCGCGAGAUGACCGAGUUCAUGCUCUCCAGAGCAAAUCUCUUACGCACAACAAAGAUCGAUACCAUGCAAGCUUUUAUCAUUUACAUGCUUCCUCUAUGUCGGACAGAGAUCUCGCGAGCGCAUUCAGCUUUAGUUGGCACAGCUAUCCGUCUUGCCCAAUGCAUGGGACUCCACCGGGAUGGAACCACUUUCGGCUUGAAUGCUGUAGACACGCAUGUUCGAAGGUUGAUAUGGUACCAGAUCUGCUUCUUGGAUGUACGAACAUGCGAGGCCACCGGACCUCGUCCUCAGAUUCGCAAAGAGGAAUACGAUACCAAGCUGCCUCUCAACGUCAACGAUACGGAUCUCAUGUUGGCAUCCCCACCAACGGAUGAUCUUCCUUACUGGACUGAUAUGACCUUGUCCAAGCUCAAGUUUGAGUGCUACGAGCUUAUACGCCAACUUUGGGUGGAUAUGCAGCGCAUGGACCAGAAGAAACUGUCUUUGACGUCUGUUUUGAACAGGAUCAAGAGGUUCAGGGCUACGACCGAAGCCAAAUAUUCACCCUUGGUUCAAGGCAACACGCCAAAGCAGAUUCUCGCAAAGCAAAUGUAUCGCGCUUCGAGCAACAGAGCUCUGGUUGUCAUCUUGCAACGAUACGCUGUGGGAACGAACUAUCCUAUGCCCGAGAGACUUCGCAAUUUGCUCAUUGAGGCAUGUAUGGGGACUGUCGAAGCAGGAGUCGCCAUGGAGACUCGACCCGAACUGGCAACUUGGUCUUGGUACCGCGGUGCUAUUCUGCAGUACCACGCUGCUGUACUACUGGUUUUCGAGGUUUAUGCUAGACCUGACAUGCCCGAGGCCGCACGCAUCUGGAGCAGUCUUGAUUACAUAUUCGAAACACCGUCUCAGUCUUCCAUGACGGAUAAAGCAGAGGGGAUCAUUAUAACGCUCCGGGAUCGCCUAGAGAAAUACCACAGCGUGCGGAAGCUGCGUGCAACAGCUGAUGUUGAAAGUCAAUCUAGCCCAGGACCAUCGACGAGCUCACAGUUGAAUACGCCAGUCACAGCUCCUCAUAUAACCCGCUCUGCUCAGACAUUCACGACUCCCACAAUGGUAUACUCACAAUUGCCUCAUGGCGAACAGGGACCUGCUUCAGAUGCCAGUGGUAGCCACACAGGUGUCAAUCGUGAUUCGUCGGCCGACCCAGGAAUGGAGGCCGUGGCCAACAUGGAUUGGAAUGAGUGGGACAAAUACUUCGCUCCUAAUGCGGAAUUGGGCACGAUCGGAGCGAUGGGCGACUUCAGCCUCGGCAACUUCAAUCCUCACCAAGCGUAUUUUUCGCUUCCGAGAGCCGACGGACAUCAACGAUGA